GUAUGUAGCCAUCUUAGAGCGCUCUCUCUCCGCGGCCUACCUAGGCGUUCCUCUCUUCACAUCGCCAGUGUAAAGCUCACCGAGCUGGACUAAAGAUCUUGUCAUCUUCAGCAAAGCGAGUCAGAAAGCCGCAACACAGAAGAGUCUAUUAUAGGAGAGAAGUUUUCCUCCGAUGGCAUCCAGACUAUUGGAGAGGAUAAACAUGAUGUGCAGCUAGUGACGCAGAGAACAACAUGGGCAGACACUAACAAAUCGUCACGCUAGGGGUGCAGUCUUGGUUCGUUAUGACAAGUGGCUGUGUGGAAGAUGUCCACCCUUUCUACGACUGAUAUCACUGAUGUUAGUCAUGGGGACUCUCUGUGCUGUGCCAGCGAAGAGGGCCCUUCAGCAGCGACAGCAGAAGUGAAACAGGAGACUCUAAGUCAGACGGCCUCAUACGGCACCUCACACAAUGAGCUGAACGACACGCUGCUCAUGGAGCCCAGCGACAUCAAGAUGUACCCCACAGAGGACACACCUGCACGAGAGGGUCAGCCAGUCAAGAGAAAGAAAGGCCCUGCUCCCAAGAUGUUGGGGAAUGAGGUGUGUAGCGUAUGUGGAGACAAAGCAUCUGGCUUUCAUUACAAUGUGCUGAGCUGUGAGGGCUGUAAAGGUUUCUUCAGACGCAGCGUCAUCAAAGGAGCACAAUACAGCUGCAAAAAUUUGGGCCGCUGCGAGAUGGACAUGUACAUGCGCCGCAAGUGUCAGCAGUGCCGUCUGCGCAAGUGCAGGGAGGCAGGCAUGCUGGAGCAAUGUGUGCUGUCAGAAGAGCAGAUCCGACUAAAAAAGAUGAAAAAACAGGAAGAGAGUACCUCUGCAGUGGCAGCACCCAGCCCUGUUCCUGAGAUGCCCCCUCUGGCUCCUGAACAGCAGGAGAUGAUCGAAAAACUGGUGGCCAUGCAGAAACAGUGCAACAAACGCUCUUUUCUCGACCGGCCCAAAGUCACUCCUUGGCCACUGAGUCAGGACCCACUUAACCGAGAGGUUCGACAGCAACGGUUUGCUCAUUUCACUGAGCUGGCCAUCAUGUCUGUGCAGGAGAUUGUAGACUUUGCUAAACAGCUGCCUGGCUUCCUGGAGCUCACCCGAGAGGACCAGAUCGCCCUGCUGAAGACCUCAACUAUAGAGAUCAUGCUGCUAGAGACUUCCAGACGUUAUAACCCAGCGAUAGAGAGCAUCACUUUUCUCAAAGACUUCAGUUAUAAUAAGGAAGAUUUUGCCAAAGCAGGGCUGCAGUUGGAGUUCAUCAACCCCAUCUUUGAGUUUUCAAAAGGCAUGAAUGACCUCCACCUGGAUGAGGCAGAGUACGCUUUGCUCAUCGCUAUUAACAUUUUCUCAGCAGACCGACCGAACGUGCAGGAUCACGAGUUAGUGGAAAGACUACAGCAGCCAUAUGUGGACGCGCUCCACUCUUACAUCCGAAUAAAACGACCCAACGAUCAUCUGAUGUUUCCCCGAAUGCUGAUGAAGCUGGUCAGCCUACGCACACUGAGCAGCGUCCACUCAGAGCAAGUCUUUGCUCUGCGCCUCCAAGACAAGAAACUCCCACCACUGCUUUCUGAAAUUUGGGAUGUCCACGAGUGAGCCGGCGCUCCGCCUCCAGGACAGAAUGAGCCAGUGUCAGGGAAACAUGGGUGGGCAGGGGUCCUCUACAGACAAAACACAGGGUCAGGAUGUCCUUAAGGGCUGAAAUGUCUCCCACUGUCACGAGAAGCCUGCUUUUGUCAUUCUCAUAUUCACCCAGUGGUCGGUGAGCUGCUUCCUUUGAAUGUGCUAUUGAUAGACUGUAUGGCCAGAAGUAGCUCAGGGGCCGUUUAGAACAGAUAAUGGUUAUUUGACCAUGGUCAUUAGAGCUUGGGCAUCUGGAUGCGUUUGGAUUCAGAGACUGACUUGCUAGAGUGAGCAGCCACAAACAAGUGUGGUCAUGAUUUUUUUAGUCGUUGUUGUUGUUUCUACCUAAUGUUUCCAGUACCAAAAGCUUUGAGCAGUUUUUGGCAAUGGUUUCUACUUUCUAAUUAACAGAAGAGGUUGUCUUGAAGGUUCUUCAUUACAGAAAUGUAGUUUAUUUACAGUGUUUUUGUGAUUCCACUCUGGCUGAUUGGUUGGAAACGGCCAUCUGAUUUUUUUUUUAACAUGCAUCGAUCGCGCAUAGCAAUGAGUAACAGUCUUCUGUUAGAAGUGACUCAUUUGCUCAUUUUUAUUACAUGAUGUUUGACAUGCAUUUAGUCUCUAAUUAUGUUCAAAUGCAAUCUUCUGUUAACACCCAAAGGUUUUUAUGGACGAAAUCAAUCAGUGCUUUACCAGUGCAAGCCAUUCAGAGCCCAUGUUACACUGAUCCAGCAUAUCACAACGUACACAAGGAAUUCUGUUUUCUGCUGGUUGGAAUAUUCAGAAGAAGAACUGACAAACCGAAUGGCCUGAUUUUAUGAGGUCGAACGUACUGCAGAUGUAUUCUGCACACCAACCCAGUGUUUUGGAGUGGUUAAAAGUGCUUAUCAGUGUAGCAUAUAGUUGUCUGGGAUCGGUAAGAGUCACUGGAGCCAUUAAACCGAAUCAGUGUGCUGCUCAACUCACAGCGACUACUGAGAUACAUGGAUCGAUAGAUAACCUUCAAGUGUGAAGCCUUCUGAAAACUUAAUGCAGACCAUGAUUAUUCUUUUUCCAUUACUUUAUCAUGUGUAGUUACUGCAAUCUCCAACUUAACAUGCUGUAGUUUCUUUUUUUCUUUUUUUUGACUCAUCAGUUCUACUUGGAGGGCUGAUGUUGUUUGACAAUUCAUUCUCGAAACCAUAACAUACAUACACAAACUAAAUCUCAGUUUGAUGCCCAUGUCUUGAUCAAUGUGUCAUUUUUGUCCCUGAAUACAAAUCACAAACGGGACAGUACAGAAAUAUAUAUCUUCCAAAAUCAGUGGUUGAAAUUGUCAUAGAAAAUAACUUGGGCCAUUAUUGUUGUACUUCGUCACUUGAUUUUUAUCAUUUUUUUUCUUCUAAUAUCAUUGUUAUAUUUAGUUCUAUAUACACCCAUUCUUCAAUGAGUAUGGUUUUGUCAACGUUUAUUUACACGUACUAAAUAAUUUAAUUUAAGUCUUUAAUAUUCCUUUUUGUGUGAUUUUGCAAUUAUCUGUCAAGUCUGUUUUAACACAGUUUUGUUGUACCUCACUUGUACGUUAUGAUGAUAUUCAGAUAGUUUGAAUGCACACAGAAUAAAACCUGCCCCAUCCACAUCAAGAGUAUGCGAAACAACCAUAUUUUGGUCUGAAACUUAACUGUAUCUCAGCAGUAUCUCUGAAAAAAGGGACUAGGCCAAUGAGAGCACUUUGUAACGUCUUAUGCACCAUAACAAUGCAAAUAUCCGGUGUGACCACAUACAAUUCAGGUUUUACUGAUCUUAAAAACCACUUUUGUUUGUUUGGAAUCAAUUCUAGAUUGUAACAUUGCAAAAAUAAGCAUCGUUUCUAUGGUUGACUAAUACAGUUUGCCCUGACUGUGCAUAUUGUUGAGACUUUGCUAAAUCAGAUGUUGAUGUGUACGUUUUUAUACCACCUUUCUGUCAGCUAGUGAAACUGCUAAAUGCACAUUGGUUUUCUCAAGAUCUUUUGGAUUUCUGAUUAGACUUGUCCAUGCACAUUUUAUUCUAAGUCUUUUCCAAUCUUUCACAAGGGCUUGAGAAAGAUUGGAAUACAAUGCAGUUCUUUUACCUUCAUCUGUUCAGCAGCCAAACUCAGUUCACAAACUGAAACUUGGUAUAAAACCCACUGAAAGACAUGCAUUGUUAAACCUCAACGAUCUUCCUGAUGAUUUGUCAUUGCUCAUCAUCUGUUUGUGUACAUAUGAAGUGUGAAGAGGGCAUAGACCAAUUCUAGUCAUCUCGGAAAUGAGCGUUUACUCCCGCUGCUCUAAGCUGUUUUCUCCUAACUGAAAUGAUCAAAUGAUUUUCUAACAGAUUGUUAUUACAUGAGGCAGAGUGUAAUGCAAAGUUGAUUGUAGUUCUAAUUUAUUUGUACCCUCUCAGCACCGUGGACCUCAUUGCUCUGAUUAACAUUAGUCUUCAACAGAGAGUCAUGGAAAUGCAACCUUACGUUUUAACGCCUUAAAGUCCUUGGAUGUGUUCUGCUUUAUGUGUAUAAAUUGAAAGUAGACUAAAUUUAUUGUUCUGUGAGAGUAUAUAUUUAUCUGAUAAAAAUGCUGAAAAACCUAGAUGACUCAAAGCCUAUUCUUUAUACAGAAAUACAUUUACCUGAAAUGGGGAACCUCCGUAUUGUUUGUCUUUUUAUUAUUCUGCUGUUUUUUAAUAGGUCCGGGUUGACCCUGUAAAUAAAUACUGAA